CGAAUGUGUCGUCGUAUAUAUUCGCGCACGAGUCAGUGUCCGGCGCUAGCUCGCUGCCGCUGCAAAAGUGUAUCUCUCUCGUCUUUCUUCCUCGACUUUCUUCCUCGUGCGAUACAAGUAACAAGUGCAUUACGAGCAGCCGUGUUGACGAUGCGUCGUUGUAGCGAGUAAAAAGCUGGUGCACGUACGGCUCGUGAUAAAGUGCUAAAUGUGCAGCUCUAUCGACAGCUCGUCGUUAUUAUUUUAUAAUAAAUAGAAAGAUGCCGAUGAAGCACGAGGCGAUGAUGUCUCGCAGCGAGGCGCUCGACAUCAUAUCCAACUGGAGCUGCUCCGACGUCUUGCUCUUGCUCAAGAAGAGUGGCGUGGGGGAGGCCUGCUGCAAGGCGGCCGAGAAACGCCAGAUCGACGGGGACGAGCUGCUCCACUUGACCGAGGGCAAAUUGGCACUGUGGAAGACGGACCUCGCGAGGCCUCACAUAUGGGACUUGUGGACGUUCGUCGAGGAGGUGAAAAAGAACCCGGAGGUAUUUGCGCAAGGAGCGGAGCAGCCGCGGGCCGAUUCGUCGAUCGGAUCGGAGGAGACCCGAGCCGAGUCUCGAGCGAGCAGCUCCGACAACAUAUCCUGGGACGCGGACCAGGUCAUCGCCUCGACGCCCAAAAGCCAAACGAACCCGACCGGCCGAGACGACGACGCGAGCCCGGACUUUCGCAGCAGCUUGAGAAUGUUUCAGGAGAACGACCGGCGCAGCAUGCGAGCCGAUCCGCUGCGAUCGUCCAAUGUAUCGCUGAACCGUCGCUCGCAAGACAAGUCCCUCGAGGAGUCGCCUCCGGACGGCUCCGCUACUUACGCCAACAUCUCCGCCACCGUCGUCAACGACCAAACGACCUACGCCAAUUUGCCGUUCGCCAACGACCAAACGACGACGACGACAAAACACAACGUCGAGCAGGCUCAGGAGGAGACGUUGAAGAACUCGUCGCGCCUCCACAAGUCCGGCCCGACCAAGAGUUUGGCCGACCAGCUGAGGGAGCAGUUGGAGAUCAGGGCUAAUCGAUCGCCGAACAAAUCCAGCCCCGCUCAGAGGCCGGACGAUACGACAGACAAGCCGAGGGAGUCGUUUUUGCACUGCGCCAAGAGCAACGGCACCACUGGAACCUCCCAUACGCUACCCUAUUUUCACAGGAAUCGAAGGAGCCCGGUAAGCGGAGUGGCGUCCCUGGACACGUCGUCCAGGGCCAGUCAAGGCUCGACCAGUGGCAGCGACGGCGGUGAUCAAGCCCAGCAGCUCCGUAAUCUGCCGAAGCCGCCGGCGUCGAUGAGCCUGCGCGAGCUCGAUCUCGUGGCGAAUCUGCCGCGCAGGCCCACCGUCGGCAGCGACAGCGACGCCGACGCCGAGGACGAGGAGGACUACGACGGGGAGGGCUACGAGGCCUUCGACGAGCAGAUCGUCGAGCGCCAUCAGCAGCAGCGAGGCUCCGUCGUCAGCGUCGACUCGUUCGCCAGCGUCCGCGACGAUCACGGACUGCCGCAACAACAACAACAACAGCAGCAGCCGCCGCAACAACCACCGCCACCGCCUCCCCCGGACGGUGGUGGCCUCGACGACGAGGAGGUUUACGAGAUCUACGAGUCCAUCACGGAAUCGCCUGAUGACGAAAACGGACGGGAGUACAUCAAUGCCGAUUUCAAGGUGAGACCGGAUCCGCCUCCCUUACCAGCCAAGCCACCGCCCAAUCUCACUGCCAAUUUGAACAACAAGAACAAGACUGAAGCCAAAUCAGAGCGAUCGACGGAAAACAAAAAAUCGGCCACACUGCCGCACACGGGUAGCAGUUCGUCCCUGAGCAGCAGCUGCAGCAACAACAACAGCAACAGCAACAGCAACGCGGCCCGACCCCUGCCGCCGCCCCCGAAUCGCCAGCAAUCUUACAUCGACCGUCCGUGGUUUCACAAUCUCACCAGAGAACAAGCCAAUUUACUUAUCGAAGAAAAGGGUACUUAUGACAGUUCAGCGGAUGGAUAUUUUCUCAUAAGGCCAUCGACGACCAAUCCCACCAAUCCACUCGUUUUGGUGCUUUGGUGCAAAAAUCGCGUUUACAAUGUCCCCAUACGAAAGAGACCGGAUAACAAGUACGCGUUGGGAUCAGCGAAAACAGAAGAGAAAACCUUCAUCAGCGUCGAUGAAAUCAUACCUUAUUAUAAAAGAGAAAAAUUGAUCCUCUACUCGGGAGGUGUGCAGAGUGCCACUACGUAUUUGACCGAGACUCCUCCCAAAAAUUAGACACGAGCAUUCGGUUGUCGACUUAGCUUCAAUUACUGCGUUUAUAAGACAAAGUAUUUCUCUUUUAAUGAACAUUUUACGUAAAUGUUUGAGACUAUAUGUACGUGCCGUAUUUGCAUUUAUUUUUCUCGUGUCUCUUUUAAUGAUCGUGUAUUUUUUAUUAAUAUAACGACUGUUUCAUUUCGAGAGACUGUACUUUUCAAGUCCUAUAGAAUAUAUAAAAAAAUGAAUAUUUUUUACUGCCAUAUACUCCGUGCCUCAUCAAAUUAUUGAUUUUUGUGAUUGAAUGUAAAUGAUUUUUUUUAAACGUAUAUUUCUAAUUUUUACAAUCAAGAUAUAGAAUUGAUAGGCAAAUGUGAAAAUGCGAGUUUGAUUCCUCAAUCAACACGAAUAAUUGUGAAUAAUAAUAUAUAUUACAUAAUAAAAAAU